AUGAUUUUGAACAUUAAAAGGAAACAAAAUGAGCGGACCAAGCCGUAUGAAAGUGUGGAUGAUAAAAGACUUGUAUGGAUGAAGGAUACUUUCAUGAAGUAUUUUGAUGAUUGGAAGACAAGCAUUAAAACAAGGGAGGGGACUUUCACACCGGUUGAAAGAGAAAAGCUGUUUUUGUCUCAUCAGACAUAUGAAGGCUUUAAGAUAUCAGUUCGCUCCCACGUUGAAGCUAUCAAGUUCCUCCUUUCUGAAGGGUUUAAGUAUGUUCUCUCAGAGCGGUUCAUGCAGGAUGUCAUCGAGGACUAUUUUGGUCAUCAAAGGACUCAGAGAGGAAGAUCGGACAACCCUUCUGCAGAACAAUUUGGCUACAAUGACUUAACCAUUGCUGUUAAGAGAGACAUUGCACCAUCUGUGAGUGGUAAUACUGGAGGGAGAUAUGGUAAGGCGAAGUGGUAUACUGUUUCAGAUGAGCCUGUGAAGAAACGUCAGAAAAAGAAGUGA